AUGACAAACCUUCAGCCGCCCAAGACAGUCAAAGAUAUCAGAAGCUUCCUAGGACAUGCUGGAUUCUACAGGAGUGCGCCAGUAGUUCAACCUCCAAACUGGGAACUACCUUUUGAGAUAAUGUGUGAUGCAAGUGAUUAUGCAGUAGGAGCAGUGCUUGGGCAAAGAAAAGACAAGAAGCUACAUGUGAUCUAUUAUGCCAGCAGAACGCUUGAUGAGGCACAAUGCAACCAUCACAGGCCAGGAACAAAGAUCUCAUCAUCAAACACACCAUGGUUUCGCCACAUAGCAAACUUCCUUGCAGCUGAAUACCCACCACCAAACUUCUUUGGCUACAGAAAGAAGAAGUUUCUGCGUGAUGUAAGAAGGUACUACUGGGAUGAACCUUACUUAUACAAGAAAUGUUCAGAUGGAAUGUUUAGAAGAUGCAUCCCUGAGGAAGAAGUAGAAGGAAUAUUGUUUGCUUGUCAUAGUUCUAGUUAUGCAGGCCACUUUGCUACUUACAAGACAGUAUCCAAGGUCCUACAAGCUGGAUUUUGGUGGCCAACUAUGUUUAAAGAUGCUCAUGCAUUCAUAUCAAGAUGUGAUGCUUGCCAAAGAAUGGGAAAUAUAAGCAAGAGGAAUGAGAUGCCGCAGAACUUUAUACUAGAAGUUGAAGUUUUUGAUGUUGGGGCAUUGACUUUUGGGACCCUUCCCAACCUCUUUUGGCGACCAAUACAUUCUAGUGCAGUUGAUUAUGUCUCUAAAUGGGUGGAAGCCAUCGCCAGCCCUACUAAUGACGCACAAGUGGUCAUCAAGAUGUUUAAAUCCAUCAUUUUUCCAAGGUUUGGAGUGCCUAGGAUAGUCAUAAGUGAUGGAGGUUCACAUUUCAUCAACAGAAUCUUUGCCAACCUUUUGAAGAAGCAUGGAGUCACUCACAAAGUUGCCUCUCCUUACCACCCCAAACUAGUGGACAAGUUGAGAUCUCAAACAGAGAACUCAAGAGCAUACUUCAGAAGACAACAGGCAAGACAAGGAAGGAUUGGAGUGCCAAACUAG